AUGUAUGACCGAGUGUUCAACAAAAUCACACCAUUUGUCAAAGUCCAGAGAGCUGACUACAGAAUUGGCCAGCUGGAGGCACUUCUGGACAAAAGCCAGCGCAAGUGCAAGGAGCUGGAGGAAACAAAAAGGCAGAACAUUGCCGACAGCCACCAGAAGGAGGAGGUCAUGAUGGAUGAUGAGGGAGACGUCAUGGAUGACAGGGACGAGCUGACGGAGCAGCUUCGGGAGAAGGAUAAGGAGAUCCUGAGACUCUCUGAGCUUCUCCAAGAAGAUGGAAAACUCCAGAGGGAGAAGAACAACAGACUGAAGGAGGAGAACCAGAAGCUACAGGAGGAGAAUCAGAAACUGAAACUGAAAGUGGAGAUGGAGGUAAAGGCUACAGCGACAAACAGGAGGCUGGUGGAAAGAAAUAGAAGACUUCAGGAAGAGAAAGAUGGACUAGAGGAGCAAAAAGAGAGGCUGCAGAUGACAAAUAAAGAGCUGCUGGAGGAAAACAAAACACUGCUGAGCGAGACAGUGAUGGAGAACAGGUGGAAAAGACUGAAGGUGGAGAAGGAGCAGCUGGACUGUCACAAGGACGAGGAGGUCCAGAGGCUGAAGCAGCUCAAUGACUCUCUGGUCUCCAACAUCCAGAAGCAGUUGUUGGACAAGGAGACCCAACACCAGCACAGAGAGGAAGACUGGAGGUCUCAGCUCAGGGCUCUGGACAAGCUCUGA